UAAAUUAUUUUUUAUCAGUGUCCGGGGCCUGGUAAUAUGUUGUUUAGCGUAUUAUUAAAUAUUUUAUAUAUAUGUAGGUUAAUGUAUUAAGUUGGUUGUAGUCUGCUGUAGAAAUAAACAGCUAUUAAAAUUAUAAUUUUUUUUAAUGUUUUUAAUCAUAAUUUUUUACUUAUUUAUUAAGAAAAAUGUCCAACCAAGAAGAAAUUAUCCAUACAUUUUUCGUGCAUUUAUCUCAAUCUAAUUACGAUAGAGCAAAAGACUUUAUGGAAAAGCAGCGUACUAUGUUACUAAGUUAUACUUGGCCAAAGUCAUUGUUUGAUAUUUUAUGUGAUUUUGCUUUAGCGGAAAAGAAUUAUUCCGAUACCAAUUUUGUACCAUCAAAGAGCAAAAUGUUUGUUCGAAGAGAUGAUGAAAAUUAUCUUAGAUUUGUGUACAAAACUUUAAUUCAAGACUUGGAAAAACUGAAACUGCUAGUAACCAAUGGCCAUGUGAUACAAUUAAUUACAUCUCUUCUGUAUUAUAUGUCUGUCAGACUUAAACUUCUUGAAUUGUAUGAUAAAAUAUACACCAUUGGAUCUGCAAACACUUUCAUAGAUUUUAGUGAGCUAACAGAAAAGGCUGAACUAAUUCAAAAUCAUUAUAACCAUCAAUCUCCAAUAGACGACAUUCUGAAAAUUUUACAGUAUGAACAUGAUUGUCUAAAAUAUUUAUUCAAAUGUCAUGAUAAUUUAGAAAACUGGAGGUAUAUAGAAGCAUUAAUAAAUUUAAAAAGAGGUUGUGAUAUAUUUUAUGUAUGGGAAAAAUGCUUUCAAAAUAAGGAGACAUGGCGAUUUGGUUCAUCAUUUUUAAACAAAAAUACAUUUCCAGCAUUAUUUUUAUGGCAUAAAAAAUUUAAACAUUUAACACUUUCAAAAUUUACUUUGUAUUUCUACGCAAUACUUUUGCAACAAAGCACCUUACAAGACAUGAAAAACUUGUGUAACACACACAAUGUUCAUUUUUUUUCCAAAAUGCAACAGUUACAAAAAAAAUCUGAAGCACAAGCUGUGAUAUUAGUAUUUAGUUCUUUUGGUUUAACAGACUAUAGAGGUCCUGGUUAUUGUAGUCCUACUAAGGAACCAUUAGAUCCAUACAUUAAACACCAAGUAAUGCUCAGUUAUCCAAAGGUUCCUGUUCAUUUAGAUACUAUUGAACAACUAAUAUCAGAUAAAAUUGAUGCAGAUAAGUCAUUCAAUAAGGUCAUAUGGGCAAAUUUUUCGACUGGUGCAUAUUUGUUAGCUGCUGUUGAUUUGAGAGUGACUUUAGUGAUGUUGUAUGAACGUCGGCCUAGAAGUGAAGAACGUGAUAAAGUAAAUGUUAGUGACUUUGUAUCACAACUACGUUGUCACAGGCAUUUCCUAACUAUUUACAAGUAAAAGUAAUGCUGUGUCAAUUAAUUUAUCUCAUGUUUGUGUCUUCCUUUUUCAAAUAAUAAUGAUGUUUAAUAUUUGACAAUGCCUUUCCCAUGGCUUAUUGUGUAACUACAUUGUAUAUUACCUAUGUUCAAAUCUUUUGAAUAAUUUAUUUAUUAACACUAAUUUAGAACCAAAGAAUAAUAUCUUUUUAAAUUUAUUGAUUAUUAUUAUGAAACAAUUUUUAAAAAUAAAUAUGACUGACUAUUAAUUGUUAAUAAUGUGUACAUAUUUAAAAAAAACAAUAUUUGUUUCUUGAUUGCAAUUCUAAAGGUCUUUUUUCAAAUUUUAUACAAGAAAACUUAUUUUAUUUGGCUAUUAAACUUCAUCGAGUUCAUCAAAAUCAGAUUUUGUUCUGUACUUUUUGGCACAACAAAUAAUAUAGUCGACAAAAUGUCUAUCACGGUUUUCUUUUAUGUACGCCUCUGCAUUUUCACAGCUUUCUGGGUAACCUAUAUAAUAAAAUAUGUAUAUUAAUCUAUUUUUAAUCUUGUUAACAACAUAAUAUUAUAUUGUAAUUUACAUACCUGUAUGGUCAUGUAAAAAUUUUACUGUCAAACUGCUUUGUAUUCUCAACACCUUUGUAGAGUUCAUUUUAUUCCACAUAAACGGACCUAACCAGUAACCCCAAAUGUAAGGUGAAUCUGUGUGGUUUUCAUGUGAGGUGUUUUUAAUUGUGUACAACUCUCGUAUUCCUUCGGAAUAAAAGUACUUGCGAAGCAUGGCUACGUUUGAUGGCAAGUGAAACGUUUGUGAAUUAAGAAACAAUAUGGGUUGUUUUAUGCUCAUAAGUGGUACACAUUUUAAUGGAGACAUCCAGCCGUCAACAAUAAUAGCAGCUCUGUAAAUAUUUAAGAAUAAAAAAGUUAAAUACGAUUAUCUAGAUACCAGAAUACUAUACAUCACUCUAUUUAAAAACAUGAAUUAUCAGUAAAUAAUUUACUGUCAAAAAAUUAUUUAUGUAAUACUGAAAUUUAUAAAAAUUACGUAUUAUUUUGUUAUAGUAAAUUGACUAUAGAGUGAUCAAUUU